AUGGGCGUGUCCGGUUUGCUGCCGCUGCUCAAAUCCAUUCAACGUCCAACAGAGCUCAAGAAGUGCAAAGGCGAAACGCUUGCAGUCGACGCGUAUGGGUGGUUGCAUCGCGCUGCUUAUUCAUGCGCCGUUGAACUGGGUCAAGGCAAACCAACCAGGAAAUAUGUGAAUGCAGCCUUGCACCGCGUCCGUAUGCUACAACAUUUCGGUGUCACCCCCUACAUGGUAUUCGACGGCGACUUUCUCCCCAGUAAAGCCGCCACUGAGGAAUCGCGAGCCAGGAAACGAGCGGAGAGGAAAAAGCUUGCCACUGAGUUCCUCCAAGCGGGCAAAUCGUCUCAAGCUGCCCACGAGUUUCAGAAGUGUAUCGACGUCACCCCGGAGAUGGCAUCAACCUUGAUUCAGGAGUUGAAGCGGAUGGGUAUUCCAUAUGUGGUGGCUCCCUACGAAGCCGACGCCCAGCUAGUUUAUUUGGAACGCCAGGGUCUGGUCAAGGGCAUUAUCUCUGACGACUCGGAUCUGCUUGUAUUUGGAGCUAAACGGCUGCUGACCAAACUCGAUCAAUACGGCAAUUGCAUGGAGAUUCAUCGGCGCGACUUUUGCGCUUGCAAAGAGGUGUCCCUGACUGGGUGGUCCGACACUGACUUUCGGAGGAUGGCUAUCAUGAGCGGCUGCGAUUAUCUAGACGGCCUGCCUGGCAUAGGAUUGAAAACGGCCUAUCGCAUGCUUCGCAAGUCCAAAACCCCAGAGCGCGUUGUUCGCAUGCUCCAACUGGAGGGCAAGCGCAUAUCGGAAAACUACCUGACACAGUUCUAUCAGGCCGAGCUGACUUUUCUGCAUCAAUGGGUGUUUUGCCCUCGAAAAGGGGAGCUGGUUCAUUUGACUGAACUCGAUGGAAGUCGAACAGCAGAGGAGAUGCCCUUUAUUGGUGCCCAUGUCGAAGCAGAGCUGGCAAAGGCUAUAGCCACAGGCGAUCUCAACCCGAUCACUAAGACGCCCAUGGUCAUCGUCACAACGCCUUCUAAGCGGAGGCAUUCUCAGACUUCGAUCGCGAGCCAGCCGCUUCGCAAUCCCAUAACGUCCUACUUCAAGGGCCAUAACAGAAUACCCAUGGGCGAAAUGGACAGCAACUGCUUCUCCAUUGACCAUCAGCGAGUCGCGCAAAUCACCGACGGGGGGUUGGUUCCUCGCGUAUUCCCUUUGCCGCGGCCUUAUGUCGAUAAUUUAGAUGGGAUAACGGACUUCAACGUCGGCGCACAGAGCCCGUAUCGACCAGAGCCUCCAAACAGGCCCAAGAAGAAGGCGCGAUUGUGUGAAGGGGAUGAUGAAGACGUUGGCUCGCCAAAGAAGAGCAAGUUCUUUCCGCUCUCCAAGGCGAAAAGGAGCCCGGUCAGGUCAAAGAGUGAUGCGUACUUGUUCUCGGACGACUCGAUCGAGGACAGCCUCCGUGCUCUGCCGGAUUUCGAAGGUUGGAACUCUGCGAGCAAACGAGACCAAUCCAUAGUCAUCUUUGACGACGGUUCCCAGACGUCUGGGCGGGGCACAACAACAAGCCAGGGGACGAGCCAGGGGACGAGCCAGGGGACGAGCCAGGAAACAAGCAUGAGCAUCAAAUCUCCAAACCGCGACGACAAGCCAGCAGAUGCUGCUGGGCCUGGACCUGCCAGCAACGGCAUGCCUCCCCCACCGCUGGCGAAACCCAAGCGACAGUCGCUUACGACACCGUCGCGGCCAAACCUGAGCCGGUUUUCGUUUACCAGCACGCCUGCCUCGUCAACGUCUCUUCAGUCGUCCGUCUUCAGCACGGCACCCACUCCCUCCACUGCGCCCUCGACAGCCGGCUUACGGCUUACCCCCUUGCAGAGACUAGGCGCUCGCGCGAACCACGCGUCGGAAUCGCCGCGACGACCGCCCCAGCCAAGGACCAAGAUUGGCAAAGAGAAUGCAAAGGGCCUGCCCGCGAACCCGUCAUUCGUGCCGCUACCCAAGGUAGACGUGGCCGAGGUCGAAGCACUCAACCGACAGUGCGGGAGCGAGGAUCACAUGGUGCCCGAUAGCGACGGGGAGGCUGAAGAGGAAGCGGAGCUGCCCGCGCGGAAGCUGGACCUGUCUCGAUUCGCGUUUUCGUAA